ACGUCGGAAUCUUAUAAGAGCAGCGGAUAGGGAUAACCACAGGGCCGGCCCUGCCGCGGGUGAACACGACCUGGCCUGGUUUCCUUGCCUCCUUGGCUUCUCUUUUCUGUUCCGCGCAGCGACACGGCCGCUUCUCCCCGCGGCGGCAUCUCUCUCAGGCACGGCGGCAUCGGUCUCUCAGGAGUCCCGACGGCGCGCUAAGCGACUAACCGGACGCGAGGGCAAUGGGGGACGGCGCCAGCGGCGGCGGGCGGCGGGUAGGGGAGUAUGAGCUGUUGCGGCCGAUCGGGUCAGGGGCGUACUCGCAGGUGUGGCUGGGGCGGCACCUGGCGCGGGGCACGGAGGUAGCCGUGAAGGAGAUCGCCAUGGAGCGGCUCAGCAGAAAGCUCCGCGAGAGCCUCCUCUCCGAGGUCGACAUCCUCCGCCGCAUCUGCCACCCGAACAUCAUCGCGCUCCACGACUCCAUUAAGGAUCAUGGGAAGAUAUAUUUCAUAUUGGAGUAUUGUCGAGGUGGUGACUUGCACGCGUACCUUCAACGCCAUAAAAGAGUUUCUGAAACAGUUGCUAAGCAUUUCAUCCGGCAGCUAGCAUCUGGUCUGCAGAUGCUUCGUGACAAUAACGUGGUUCAUCGAGACCUAAAGCCACAGAACAUUCUUCUUGUUGAAAAUAAUGAAAAUUCUCUGUUGAAGAUUGCCGACUUUGGAUUUGCAAAGUUUUUGCAACCUUUUGCCCUAGCUGAGACACUUUGUGGUUCACCACUUUACAUGGCUCCAGAGGUCAUGCAAGCUCAGAAGUAUGAUGCAAAGGCAGAUCUCUGGAGUGUUGGUGUCAUUCUAUAUCAACUUGUUACUGGAUUCCCACCUUUUAAUGGGGAUAAUCAGAUCCAGUUGCUUAAAAAUAUACUCAGGUCACAUGAAAUACGAUUCCCACCUGAUUGUGAGUUGAGCCAUGGCUGCAUUGACUUGUGCAGAAAGUUGCUGCGGCUCAAUUCAGUGGAGCGGCUUACAGUUGAGGAGUUCGUGAACCACCCAUUUCUUUCUGAACAUGCUCCAGAGAGGACCUUGUGCUGGACACCAUCUGACAUAAGAGAUGGCUUUCCAUUCAAUAAUAGCAGUCCAACGAGGCCUUCAAGCCAAAAUUCUCAAGAAGACUGUAUGCCUUUCCCUUUAGAUGAUGAGUCAAGUGGACAGGAUGAGAGCCCUGUUCCUGAAAGUAAGAGUGCGAUGAAAUUGUAUGGGUUUGCCAUGGGUAAAAGGUUGGAUAAAACUUCAGGCCAGAGUCCAUCGAAACAUGUUGGUCUAUUCUCCAGAUAUAUUAUGGGUAAUAAUUAUGCACCUAGUAGUCAAUGCCCUGACCAUCCUGGUAAAAAGGCCAAGGAAAGCAAGAUUGAUGAAAUACAGAGUCGUAAAGGUGGUUAUCCAAAAGAUUCCCCUAUCAUUGAUUCAUUAGAGUUUGUAGAUCAGGAAUAUGUCUUUGUGUCUGGACCGCACCCAGAUGGAUCAUCUUCUUCAACGAAUGCCUCUCGACAACGCAACUUGCCAUCAAAAGACAAUUCCUCUGUUUCACCACCGAAGUUAACUUUACUGAGUGCACCGAUGCCAAUAAAUGGUUUGGCAAUAAAUAGACAACGAUCUGCUGGGACUGGUAGCUUGGACAGCCACUGCUCUCCAUUAUCUGGCACUUCACAGGGAUCUGCAGAUAUGAGUGAUGCCAUGGAUCAGCCACCGUCUGAUUAUCUGACGAGGAUUAGAUUGUUAGAGCAGUACGCAUCAGCCAUAGCAGGGUUGGUCAAAGAAGAGAUCAAAGUUGGCGGACACUUGGAGGCGUUCUCAAUUCAGCUAAUUGUUCUUGCAACCUGGAAGCAAGCAAUUUGUAUAUGCAAUUCCUAUGUAGCUUCAUCAAGAGAAAGUCCUUCCCAGGAUAUCCCUAUGAAGGGGCUCAGUGCAGAUGCACCCCAUUUGCUUGCAAACUCUCAACUGGCUGAUGAUGCCUGCAUGCAAAUAGAGAGACAGUUUCUCAUUGAAGUUGAAUAUGCUGAAGAACUUGCCGGCACUGUAGGACAGAUAGCUGAUGCUACAGAGAUGCCAGAUGCGAUUGAAAUAAUAUUUCAGUCUGCCCUACAAUUAGGAAGGCGUGGUGGUGUUGAUGAGAUGAUGGGGAAAGCAGAAGUUGCCAUGACGUGGUAUAUGAAGGCGGUAUCCAUGCUGCGCUUUCUCCUGAUCGAGGCACCGUCACUUGCCCUCAAUCCUCCUUUGACUCUGACAAGAUAUGACCGACAUCGAUUGCGCACAUACAUCGAAGCUCUCAACACCAGGCUCGGCCAACUGCAGUGCCAGAGGCACUGACUGCUGCCAGUGCCCUCUCAGUAUCUAUUCAGGUCGAGGGGCGGUGGACUUGUACAAUAUUCUUUCAUUUGUAAAUAUAUUUGUUGGCCCGAACUAGGGCAUGUAAAAUGCCAGGAAAUGUGCAGUUAGGCAGAGCAGCGAAAUUCCAGUGUAACUCGCCCAGACGACUCUUGUAAUGUGAGCGCUGUGCUGUGCCUAUACGUGGUAGGUCCAUUCUGUGCCAAUUCAGGCUGAAGCUUAAGACCAAUCGUGGUCGUUUGUGCAAAUGUAAACAGGCUCAGACUGCUACGUUGGUAGUUUCUUUGGUAUUUAUCGGGAUUUUACACGUCACUAAA